GCUGGGCGGUGCUGUGGAGAAGGGCGCGGGCGCGGGCAGGGCUCUGGUUUCCUCUCGCGGCCGAACGGAGGCCUCCGUGCCGCCGGAGACAUGACCCGGCAGCUCAGCGCCGGCUCCGCACAGGGCUCGCCCGGCCGCCAUUUUAAGCCGGCGGCUGGAGGCAGAGAGGGCGCCCGGGACUGCAGAAAUCAGUCUAUUACAGAUUUCUUCAAACCAGCUCCAAAACAAGACAGAAUUGUAUUGUGUUCUCCGGACAAAAGAAAUGUAAAAAAUGGGGAUGUUGAACUGUCGGUCAUACGUACAGAAAGAUUUGAAAAGAAAAUAUCAUCUCAGAAGAAAACUAGAAGGGAGAGGAUUCCAGUCCAAUCGCCAAACAAGAGUCCUGUAAUGGAUGACUUAUUGAGAGGAGCUAACAGAGAGAAAAAGGACAGUCCAAAAGUUGUAGAGAACAAUAGAGCAUGCCCGGUGCUAAGCGCAAAGUAUCCAAAGGUUGUGGUUCGAAAACUCCUUAUGUCUGGAGGCCCUCCCAACUAUUCCUUGACAAAAAAGGAUACGGCCAGUAAGAGAGAACCUGGGAGAAAUGAGAAGUGUCCAAUUAAAACAAGAACACCCUUGUUUUAUGAAAAUGGUAGGGAACAGCGGAUUGACUGUAUGGAUCGAGAGGAGGCCAGUUCAGAUGCCAGCAAAUGGGUUUCAACAUCAAAAGCUGACAUCUUAAAAAACUAUGCCAGAAGUCAUGGUAAUGUGAACAAUAAGCCUUUGUGCCAAAAAGCCGGGCAUUCCACAAAGCUCCAGUAUAGCCCUGGUGAGUCUCAAUAUUGGUUACCAUUGGAAACUUACUGCAAAGAGGAAGAGCAGACAAGACAAAGAAUGGAACAGUCUAAACUGCAGCCCUUCAGUCCAGUAAAGGUAUUCUUAGGAACAGGUAUAUCAAACCAGGGCAAUGGAUGUCUCUUAAGAAAAAGAUCAAGCUCUGCCUCAGAUGAUUCAACUCAAUCAAAGCAGGUUUCAAAACCUAAAGUUUCUUCAGUUAUUUCAAGAUGGUCAUCUGAAAAGGCUAUUAAUGUAUGGAAAAACCAGUCAUUCUGCCUAAACUCAAAAAUUUCUUCAGGACUGUCCAAACAAAAAGACUUUACUGGAAAAAGACAAAGGAUAUCUAUGCAUAUAGAUUCGAAAAGUUCAGGAAAACCUGUGGCACAAACUUUGAAUGAACUUCAUUUCAGCAGGUCAUCUGAAAAAUGCAAAACUAGACAGUCUGAAUUCAUGAAUCAUGUACUAGAGUCUCCAGGUGAUGGUGUUUUGCAACUAGUGGAUGCUGCUAUGUCACAUAGAGAAGACUUGUCUCUUUCACAGGAAUAUUUUGACAUAAGCCACAAAAAGGAAAAAGAUAAUCCCACGUGUGAGGAAUUAUCACCUUUAUAUUCUGGACACCGUACUAAUAAAAAUGACCAAAUCUGUGUUGCAGAUACCAAAGAGAAUCAGUUGCAAGCAACCCGCUCACAUUUCCUCUUAGAAAAGUCAACAUCUCUUUCUCAGGAAAAUGCUACUGUAAAGACUCAUCUUCAUGAAUUAACUAAAACUCAGUCAAACACAAUGUGCACAGAAAAAAUGAAAUGCCUGCAUUCUUCUUCCCCCAUUCAAAGUGCUAGUACAUGUCAGAUAUUGGAAACUGAGAGAGAGCGAGACAGAGUGAGACAAAUUGAACCUGGCCUUUGUAAAGAUAACAUACAGCUUCCCCCAGAUUCUCUCAAGAAUUUUACUAAAUCAAAAGAGAACACUGUAAAGGCUUCAGAAGAUAAUUCUAACUUGCCUUCAGUGGAAAUUUUUGAGAAGCCUGUAUUUUCAGUAAAGAUUGGCAAAGUUGUUGCACGUUCACUGUAUUUUGAAGAUGGAUGUUCAGCUAGUAGCACUAGUUCUUCACAGAUUUCAAAUGAGUUGAACAUUGAAAGCUCCAACAUAACUUCUAUGUUGAAUGGAAAAUUAAGCAACAGUUCUGAUAGUGAAGAUGAGAGUUUUGACUAUAAUUUGGACAGCGAUGAAGAAGAAAUACUCUUGCCACUACAAGAUAUCCUGUCCUCAAGUUCAAAACCACAUGUUGGAACUCCAGAGGAAGCUUGUCUCAAGGAUCUUUCACAGGACACCUUGACUCCAUCACCCAAACUUCCUCUUUCUAAGAUUCCUGUUGUGAGUCAAGUGUCUUAUGUGAACAGCCUAGAGCAUCUCUUGAAGGAGAAGGAAGAAUCCAAAAGGGUAGAUGACCUGGAGAAGCAACUACAGGAAGACAUACAGGAAAUUGGAUUAAAUUUGGCAUCUGGAGAGGAAGAGCAGGAAAACUCUGAUGAAGAUAGAGAUCUGUCAGAAGAACACAGGGCAUUUAUAAAGAGGUUUUCGGUAGUAUCUGAUGCCAUUCCUGAUUAUCAUCCUGGAGAAGAAAUAUUUCGCUUACCAAAUUCUGGGAAAAUCUUCAAUCAGCAUAACCUUGAUUUGAGGAAUUCUGGUUUCAUCCCUCAAAAUCCUAUAGAAAAACUACUUCUUAGAUCAGAAGUAACACAGCAGCUUUCUUUAACAACUCAGGGUUUCCUCAGUUGUGCUUACAGUUGUACACAGUGCCCCAUACCAGUUUUAAAGUGGCUGUUUCAGAUGAUGUCAGUUCAUUCAGACUACUAUGUUUCAAUGCAGAUCUUGGAUACGCUGAUGGAUACAACAAUUAAAAAUGCUACCAUCAGUGAUGCACAGUCUGAAGUGUGGAUUCCCUCACUGUCUGAUAUAUCAGCUGUAUUGAUCAAUAUGGGAGUACCUUUUAGAUCUUUAUUUCCUCUGCAGCAUCUACAGCCCACUUUUACUGAAGAUGACAUUUUAUCUGAAAUGCAAAUAACAGUGGGAAAACAAACAAGUGGAGACACAUCUGCAGGUCCCGCUUUUUCUUGUCUGCCAGAAACCAACCUAAUUAAUGUGGUCAAGUUUCUUAGUUUUUGUACGACUAUGUAUCCAGAUGCUUAUGCGGACCAAGAAAUAUUGCUGCUGCUGUCACUGCUAUUUAAAAUUAGCCUGGAAAAACUGUUGAAGCAAAUUCCAUUGAUAGAUUUUCAGUGCCUAGUGUUAAAACUACUGAAAAAUAUCAGAGACUGGGAUGCCAAGAUGCCUCAGCUCUGUCUGACAAUAAGUGAACUUUCCAGUCAUCACCAUGAUCUCCUUUGGUUAGUUCAACUGGUCCCUAGCUGGGAAAAGCGUGGAAGACAAAUAAGACGACAUCUUAGCCUAAUGAUAAUUUCAAAGCUUCUUAACAAAAACUAUACAAGUUUACCUGUUACCAGUGACCUGCAGAUGUCUCUUCUAUAUCAGUAUCUGGUGCAGAUGAAGCCUUCUAACUUGUUAAAGAGAAAGAUAGAAGCAAGAAAGGAGCAGCAGGAUGACGUCAACAGAGAGUUUGAUCAUACAGAACUAGAGCAGCAGGCAUACUACUUGACCUACAGUCUUCUUCACUUGGUCAGUGAAGUUAGUUGUUUUAACGUUGUGAAUUCUAAUCAAAGAAAGUGCUUACUGAGGCUCUGUGGUGCCUUAGAAAAACAUGUGAAGUGUGAUAUUAGGGAAGAUGCAAGGCUGUUUUAUAGAACUAAGGUCAAAGACUUAGUUGCUAGGAUAUAUGGCAAGUGGCUGGAAAUGAUACAAAAUUCUCGGCCUACUCAGGGGAAGCUGCAUGAUUUCUGGGAGCCAGAUUUGUGAAACAUAAACCAGGUCAGAGAAAACAACAAAGAAAGAAAUUGAACAAGAACUUUUGCAACUGAGAGAGACUUUCCCAGAGGAUUGAAACUCUAGCCUGGUCAAAGAACAGACUAAAUCAACAACUGGAAUCAAAAUUUCAGCUUGGUGCAGGCAACUAGAAAAAACAUAACCUCUGCAAUUUAUUUCUGACUUUCUGAUAUAUGAUAGAUAUACACAAUUUUUCAGGAAUGUUAUUGUAUGUAUGUGCAACAUUUAAAAAAAAAAAAAACUUUCUCCAGUAUGUCUGUCUGAAUGGGCCACUAAUGUUAUAUCCUAUUGAAAGCUGAGAGAGUUUUCUCAUUUCCCUUCCCUUGAUAAUCACUACAACGUGAAACUAUGGUAUACUUCUUGUUUUGGUCUGUUGCCCAGAUGCAUCUAUAAGUAUUGUUAUUGCACAGCUAGAAAAUGAACAGCCAUGAAUUGAGUGCGCGAAGUAGGAAAUGGUGGCCCCUCAAUGAAAAGGAUGGGGGCUGUGAUGUAAAUAGUUGUCGAGGCAGAUUGAUGGUUGAACUUUUCUUUGCUCCAGGGCUGUGCUGCACUAAUAAACAAAGGAGAAUUUCAGAGGUCAUGACAGUGAGGUAUUAGCUUCAAUUUAAACUUAAUUUUCCUCCUUGAUGCUUUACCAGGUCUGUUUAAUUUAUAUCUAGUGACAGUGUGCAGAAAAUUAAGUUGUAUGUAAGGUGAAUAUCACAAGGAGAAAUCUUGCUGCAGCGUUAGUAUCUGCUGUCACAGUAUCCAAAACACAAAUUUCACCUGUUUAUAUAUGUAGUCUGACUUCAGCACCUUUCUGUAAAUGUCCAAAAUAUCAACUUAAAAAUAUCAAUUUAAAAAUGUCAGCAGAGAUUUGGGAAAAUGAGAACCUAUUUGACUUUGCUAGCAUGGAAGUAGCUGUGAAAGUCAUAUUAGACUUGUCCAAAAUAAUUUUUGCUAAAUUUUGCCCUUAGAGGUGUGCUCAGAACUCUUGUUGAAAUCUUUGCACUGUGUAUAAUAUUCUAAGGACAAAAUACCUUUGUUUUGUGAGCAAAUGUUGGCACUCACUACUUAUAGUGUGCUUAGCAUGCCGCUUCAUCUACGAAAUAUAUGUGCUUAAAUAGAUAAGUUCAAGUAUUUGGUAGAAACAUCAACAAAGAAUCUUUAGCUAAUUAAGACUUAGGCUAUGUCUACAUGGCCCUCCAGUUCAGACUACCAGAGUGUGAACUGCAGAACGCACUGCCCCGUGUCGAUGCUGCUGGUGCAAACUAAAAGGUGUACCUGGUUGGUGUGAAUGUAGUCCUCUGUUAAACAGGACUGCAUUAAUGCGAACUAAGUACCUUUUCAUUCACGCUCCCAGGGUCUGUAUGGGGAAGUUAUAGCAUAGCAUACUAGUGUGGGCUGCUGGGUUGUGUAGGCAAGCCCAGAGAUUCUAAUGAUACCAACAUAGAAUACACACCAUCUUUUUUCUUUGGUUUACAAGUGUUCUUAUGGUUGAUUUGUAUAAUAUUCAUAUGCCAAACUCUUUCCCAGAAAAAAUGGGCAAAAAAGACUCAAUUUUAAAAAAAGCUCCCACAUGUAAAUAUGUAGAAGAAACUACUAUAGAAUUGUGGAGUAACCUAUAAGGAGGAGAAAAGUAUCCUUACCUGAUUUUAUUUGCUUUUGAUACUUGCUGCUAAAUUGCUUUUAAGUGACUAUUUCUUGUCCUCCAUUUCAAGUGUUGCUGUGUGAAUUUAUUAAUAAAGUUGAAAGCCACAGCAUCUAUGUGCCUUUCACAAGGCGAAACAGUCUGCAUAUGUUAGAACAAGAUUCAUGCUGAUGGCACUAUUAAAAACAAAGACACAGAAAAUUUUAACCUGUCAUCAGGAUUUGGAGAAAUCUACCUGAAGGGUAUUUUUUUGUUUGGGUACAGAACUAUUUAAGCCUAAACAUUACAGUGGUAAUGUAGGGUAGGGGACUGCGCGCGCUCUCUCUCUCUCCAGUUUGUCCUAUAUAAAUGCUCUUUAGUGUCAGAUUGUUAUUCUGUGAAUAUAUAAUUGUACAUAAUUUUAUUAGUGUUUAUAUUUUUCUCACAUUGUGUAAAGCUUAAAAAAAGUGCCGAACAUACUGGUUUUUAUUUACUGUAAUUAAUGUGUAUAUAUUUUCUUACUAUGUGAAGAGGAGGCUACUGUCUUGUACAUUUCUGAGGAAUGAUAGAUAGGUGAGGGUUUGGGCAGCCAGUCUCGUUUUGUAUUGCAGUUCAAAGCCCAUUGAAACUGCUGAUUUUUUCAGAUUAAAUAGCCACUUUGA